GUCUCUAAUAACACCGGUCUGAUCUCUCUCUAUACAUAUAUAUACACAUAUAUAUGCUCAAAGAAGAAGACUGCCCUCGUCUUCUUCUUUAUCUUAUUUCAAGAGGGACCAAUUAGACAGAUAUAAUCUGUCAUUUUAUUAUAUAUUUAUAUAUGAUGAUGGGUAUUAUAAGUAGGAAGGGGUUGUUGUUGUCAUUGGUGAUUUGGGUAUGGGGUUUGGUUGUAAGGCUUGAAGCAGAAGAUCCUUACCUUUACUUUACAUGGAAAGUCACUUAUGGUACAAUCUCCCCAUUAGGGGUUCCUCAGCAAGGAAUUCUCAUAAAUGGACAAUUCCCAGGUCCCAACAUCAACUCCACCACCAACAAUAACAUUAUUGUCAAUGUCAUCAACCAUCUCGAUGAGCCCUUUCUCUUGACUUGGAUGGGAGUUCAGCACAGGAAGAAUUCAUGGCAAGAUGGAGUACCAGGAACCAACUGCCCAAUUCCACCAGGCCAAAACUACACCUAUCGAUUCCAAGUAAAGGAUCAGAUAGGAAGCUACAUCUACUAUCCCACCACAGCCAUGCACAGAGCUGCAGGAGGUUUCGGAGGCCUACGUGUCAACAGCCGACUCCUCAUUCCCGUCCCUUACGCCGAUCCAGAGGACGAUUACACCGUCCUCAUCGGUGAUUGGUACACCAAGAGCCACUCCACUCUCAAGAAAUUCUUGGACAGUGGACGGUCUCUGGCCAGACCCGACGGGGUACUCAUAAACGGAAAAUCUCUAGACAAGAAAGGCAGGGGAAAGCCUCUCUUCACCAUGAAGCCUGGAAAGACUUACAAGUACAGAAUAUGUAAUGUGGGACUUAAGACCUCACUCAAUUUCAGAAUCCAAAACCACCUAAUGAAGCUUGUUGAGAUGGAAGGCUCUCACACAGUCCAAAACAUCUACGAGUCCCUCGAUGUCCAUGUCGGCCAAUGCUUUUCGGUGCUCGUUACAGCUGAUAAAGAGCCAAAGGCUUACUACAUGGUGGCUUCCACAAGAUUCACCAAGAAAGUUUUGACAGGAAAAGCCAUUAUCACUUACACCAAUGCCAAGCGAGGCCCUCCUUCGCCUCAACUCCCGGCAGCCCCUGUUGGAAACUGGGCAUGGUCACUCAACCAGUUCCGUUCAUUUAGGUGGAAUCUCACAGCUAGUGCAGCCAGGCCAAACCCUCAGGGCUCUUACCACUACGGAAAGAUCAACAUUACUCGAACCAUCAAGCUAGUAAACUCGGCUAGCAGGGUUAAUGGGAAACUUCGUUACUCAAUCAAUGGAGUCUCCCAUGUUGAUACAUCCACACCAUUGAAACUGGCUGAGUAUUUCAGGGUAGCCAACAAAGUCUUCAAGUACGACAUUAUUAAAGACGAGCCAACAGCUGAAGACACCCCACAAAAACUGAUUAUGGCUCCUAAUGUUAUCAACCAAACUUUCCGCAACUUCGUGGAGAUCAUCUUCGAAAAUCAUGAGAAGAGCUUGCAGUCAUGGCAUUUGGCUGGAUACUCCUUCUUUGCAGCUGCCAUAGGACCAGGGAAAUGGAGCCCAGAGCAAAGAAGAAACUACAAUCUUCUUGAUGCCGUAAGCAGGCACACAAUUCAGGUGUUCCCAAAGUCAUAUGCUGCAAUUUUACUGACAUUUGACAAUGCUGGGAUGUGGAAUUUGAGAUCAGAGUUGACAGAGAAUCGGUACCUGGGGCAGCAGCUCUACAUAAGCGUGUUGUCGCCGGCACGGUCACUCAGGGACGAGUACAACAUCCCAGACAAUGCCUUGCGCUGCGGCAUCGUUAAGAAACUGCCAUUCCCACCUCCAUACACCAUCUAAACUCAUCAUCCAGGAGGCCACAAUUCGUUUCAGUCAAUCAAUUAGUGUUACAAGACACAAAAUUAUGUAAAAGUUCAGGAUCACACCAACCAAAGAGAAAAGAAAAACAAAAUUGUUAGGAUGGAGCAACAACCCUUUUCUAAUCUACAGUAUGUAAUGUCACCCACUAUAUGAUUAAUAAAAGUAUAGAAUCACCAUACUGACUUCUUUUGCAAA